GUCCAACCAAUUGUCACGUGCCCCCAUCAUGCAUCUGUAUAUUCAGAAUAAGGAUAAGCCCUCAAGUCUCAUAAUCAUGGUCGCCAUCUCUGAAAUUGGUCCUCUUCCGUUUAUACGCUUUACACAACCGUGUUCCCUAAGAUUGGCAUCUACUUUUACCCAUUCUCGAAAGUGGCUAAAUUUGAGAAUCCAUUCACGCUUCAAAUCUUCAGCCACCGGGUCGGGUCAAAACCCUAACUUUGCUGCUCAUGAAAAGGGAGUGUUUCGGGAAUUUAGGGUUUUCAAUUCGACUGAACUAGACAGAUCAGUUACGAGCGAUGAACCUGAUGAUGAGGGUGAAAUGAGGCAAGGGGUUUUCGAGGCGAUUGAGGAACUAGAACGUAUGACCAGGGAGCCCUCCCAGGUGCUCGAAGAAAUGCACCAGAAAUUAUCUGCCCGGGAUUUGCAAUUUGUUUUGGUGUAUUUUUCUCAGGAGGGGAGGGAUUCAUGGUGUGCACUGGAGGUGUUUGAUUGGCUUAGGAAGGAGAACAGAGUGGACAAGGAAACGAUGAAGCUCAUGGUUUCAAUAAUGUAUGGAUGGGUUAAGAAGUUGAUUGAUUCGAAGAGUGAGGUUAGCGAUGUGGUUGAUCUUCUGGUGGACAUGGACUGUGUGGGGUUGAAGCCGGGUUUUAGUAUGAUGAAGAUGGUGAAAUUAUCUGCCCGGGAUUUGCAAUUUGUUUUGGUGUAUUUUUCUCAGGAGGGGAGGGAUUCAUGGUGUGCACUGGAGGUGUUUGAUUGGCUUAGGAAGGAGAACAGAGUGGACAAGGAAACGAUGAAGCUCAUGGUUUCAAUAAUGUAUGGAUGGGUUAAGAAGUUGAUUGAUUCGAAGAGUGAGGUUAGCGAUGUGGUUGAUCUUCUGGUGGACAUGGACUGUGUGGGGUUGAAGCCGGGUUUUAGUAUGAUGAAGAUGGUGGUUUCUUUGUAUUGGGAGGCGGGUGAGAAGGAGAGGGCAAUUGGUUUUGUGAAGGAGGUGCUCAGGAGGCAAAUAUCUUACUCCGUUGGUGAUACUGAAGGGCACAAGGGUUGCCCAGUCGGUUUUCUUGCUUACAAAAUGAUGGAGGAAGGAAAUUACAGAGAUGCAGUGAAAUUAGUGAUUAACAUCAGAGGUUGCGGAUUGAAGCCUGAUGCAUACAGCUAUCUAAUUGCUAUGUCAGCCGUGCUAAAAGAAUUAAAGGAAUUUGGCAAAGCGUUACAGAAGUUAAAAAGUUUCACCAGAUCUGGUCUGGUUGUUGAGAUUGAAAACUUCACUUCGACCCUGAAAUACCAAACUGAUCUUCUAGCUGAUGGCGUGCGUCUCUCUGAUUGGGCCUUUCAAGAAGGGGACCCAUCCCUCUAUGGGACCAUCCACGAAAGGCUUCUCACAAUGUAUAUAUGCUCUAGGCAGGGAGUUGAAGCUGAGAAACAUAUCUGGCAAAUAAAACUCGAAGGUAAAGAAGUGAACAGAGAUCUUUAUGAUAUUGUAUUAGCCAUAUGUGCUUCCCAAAACGAAUCCGGGCCCAUUGGAAGGCUACUCACCAUAAUGGACACCUCAACUUCUUUGCAGAAAAAGAAGAGUCUUUCGUGGUUGAUAAGAGGUUACAUUAAAGGAGGGAAUUCUGAGAAGGCAGCUGAAACAGUAAUGAAAAUGCUUGACUUGGGCCUAACUCCUGCGUUUUUGGACAGAGUGGUCGUGCUUCAAGGACUACAGAGACGGAUUCGCCAGCCGGGAGGUAUGCAUACCUAUCUUAAACUGUGCAAACGACUCUCCGAUGCAGAGCUAGUGGACCCAUGUAUUGUGUAUCUGUAUAUAAAGAAACACAAGCUUUGGAUCAUGACAGUGAUCUAAAGCAACACGGAGAAGAAGAAUCCGUGGGCUUUGCACAUAUUACCACAAGAACCCGCAUUUCUUACUCAUCUCACUCGCUGGAUGACAUCCUUGACAAUCAUCAUGUGUAUAUUGUGUAUAGUAGCCGGGAGUCUCUUAGAAACGGCUUCUCUACUCCAAAAAUAGUCCUAAAUAGGGGUAAGUUUUGCGUACACUCGCCCUCCGAGCCCCGCCUUUUGUGGGUUCUACUAG